AUGGAAUCCUGUCCUGUUACAGAAUCCGGUCCUGUUACAGAAUCCGGUCCUAUUACAGAAUCCUAUCCUGCUAAAAAACCCUGUCCUGUUACAGAAUUCGGUCCUAUUACAGAAUCCUAUCCUGGUAAACAACCCUGUCCUGUUACAGAAUUCUGUCCUAUUACAAAAUCCUAUCCUGAUAAACAACCCUGUUCUGUUACAGAAUCCUAUCCUGCUAAACAACCCUGUCCUGUUACAGAAUUCGGUCCUAUUACAGAAUCCUAUCCUGAUAAACAAUCCUGUCCUGUUACAGAAUUCUAUCCCGCUAAACAACCCUGUCCUUUCACAGAAUCCGGUCCUGUUACAGAAUCCUAUCCUGGUAAAGAAUCCUGUCCUGUUAAAGAAUCCUAUUCUGUUAAAGAUCCUGUCUGUCCUGUUACAGGAUCCUGUCCUGUUACAGACUCUUGUCCUGUUACAGACUCUUGUCCUGUUAAAUAA